AAAUAUAAACUAAAUAAAAAAUAUAAAUUUAAUUAAGUAGAAAUUAAAGUAAUUAUUAAUUAAUUAAAACACGAACAGCAGGUCGCGAAUUUUCAAUUGUAAACUCGAUACAAAAAAUUAUAGAAAAUUUUUAGUUUCACAAUGGAAGUGAUAAUCGAUCAUAUUUUGAAUUUUCUGCAAUUCGAUGUGACAAGAAUCUUCGGCAAGGGCAGCGAUUGUGAUCUCUGCUGUAUGAGCAUCUCUACGCCGCACUUCAGCGAGUCCGUGGAGCGUUGCAUUACAAAUGUUUAUGAGCCACGCCCACAAAUUUUGAAUGGCGACGAAAUGAUGGAAUGCGACGUAGAAGACGAGAAUGAUGACGAGGUUGACGACGUCUGUUUGGACGACAGCGAAGUGCAAUUGGCAGCGUUUUGUGCGGAACUAGAGCAAUUGGAUAUGGAUGAUGAGCUGAAGGAUAAUCAGGAAUGCUGCAGGAGAUCAAAUCAAAUGCAAAUGUAUCAAAACGCCGACAUAUCCGAGAGUGAUAGCUUUUUGAAUCAAUUGAAAAACGAAUUGCAAUGCGGUAUGAUUGAUGACGACGCUUCGAUUGGAAGUGCCAUAGAUUGCAGCUGUGAGUCGGUAAGCAAGCAAAUGUCGUCGAAAAUCGCGGAAAAGUGCUCGUCAGCCACUCUCUUGGAACUGCAGUGCAUUGAGGAUCGUGCAAAUGAAUUGUGGGAAACCUUAAACUCGCAUGUUCGUGCAAAUAGCAGUUGCAAAUUUCCCAAUUGGUGGGAUUUGAAGUCAUGGCAGAAGCUACCCUUCUACUGGGCGGCCCUCUCCAAUGACAUACUCUGCGAGGAUCCCUUUGAGAAUUUCAAACGCUUCUAUAUGGGCGAUAAAAAGCCAAAUAAACGUAGCGCCAAGCGGCAGCAAGAGCGCGUGCUCAUACUGUGGCACAAACUAUGCCCCAAAGAGCGGUUGCCCUUCAUUAUGGAGGCAUUCAUAAGUAAGGUAGGCGCGGGGAAGGUGGACAUCAGGGAUGAGCAUGAAAUUCAGCGCAUCAUGUGCGAGUUGCAGAACAAAUGACUCAUACUCGAGUGCUGGAGUUGACGUUAAAUGAUUUUGUCCCACUCUCUGUUAUGUCUGUGUGUUUACGAGUAUAUCUAGUAGGUGUUUGGGGUUGUGGUAAUAUUUAAAUAUAAAUUGUUUGUAGUGCGUAUGAUUGUGUAUGGGAAAAUAAAUUUAUGCUUGAAGCAGCAUAUUUUGUAGUAA